CUCUCCCUCACUCUCUCUCGGACUGGCCAGCAUCACCCUCCACGUACACGCUGUCCUCCCUCCCGCAGCAUUCUUCGGCCUGUGUGUACGCGGGGCUGACCCUGAGGAGGAGGAGGUGACAUCUAGCCUCUGGUGGUCGUGGGCUGGUUGCGGACGUUUACGUGCGGAACGUGCAGCAGCAGGAGCAGCAGGAGCAGCAGCAGGAGCAGAUAUCCAGCGAGGAGGAACCAUUAGUGCUGUGUUUUAUAAUUCAGGAGGGGGAAGUCACGACAACAGAAGCCCCCUAUCACCGGCUCACAUUUCAUCCGCUACACCGUCGAGUGUUGUUCUUUCUGCCUGUUAACUCCGCGACAAACCCCACAACCGCCGCCACCAUCGUCCCCGGUACCGGCGGGAGCUGUGUGAUGAGGUCGCCCUGCAUCAGCGGUUCGGUAACUCCAAGAUAAAGCGGCUGUUUUUCGGUUGUUGCUGUCGGGACGGUGCUCGGCGUCAGCCCGGGCGAGUGAAGAGAAACACCGCAGGACAACGAAGCUACUCCUGGGUGCUGAGGGAACCCUCCGAAUAUCCAUGAGCUCCGAUUUCCCACACUACAGUUUCAGGAUGCCAAAUAUAGGGUUCCAGAACCUUCCCCUUAAUAUCUACAUUGUGGUGUUUGGGACAGCCAUCUUUGUCUUCAUCCUCAGCCUCCUCUUCUGCUGCUACUUAAUAAGGUUACGGCACCAGGCGCACAAAGAGCUAUAUGCAUACAAACAAGUCAUUCAGAAGGAAAAAGUCAAAGAGCCAAAUUUGCAUGAGAUAUGUGCGGUGUGCUUGGAGGAGUUCAAACAGAAAGAUGAGCUGGGGAUUUGUCCAUGUAAACAUGCCUUUCAUAGGAAGUGCCUCAUUAAAUGGUUGGAGGUGAGGAAAGUGUGUCCACUGUGCAACAUGCCCGUGUUGCAGCUCGCUCAGCAGGCCGGAGGCAUGGAUCCCGCUGUUCCAAUACAGCAGCCUCUGCCCGGCAUCGAGAACCUGGUGUAGCAGACUACCAUCCUGUUUGACAGUAUACCACAGACACACAAACACACAUCCCAUCAGUCAUACUCUCACCUGCAAAGGUACACUUUGAUAUGGGAUGGCGGACAGACCGGAGAAACUGGAGUUACAGCGGGCCAUGGUUGACGCUGUUGUCUUUCCAUUGGUUCACAAGAGGAUUUCCUGUUAUCAGCUCGGACUGAUAAUCAUCUGUUGUCAUGUUUUUACUUUUUCGCGGACAAUGAAGAAGAGUUGAUCGAGAAGAGGCUUCUUUCUCGGCCAUGAUGUGGUUAAUAACUUUUUCACAACCAAAGCACUUUUCUGGGAACACCAGCUGAAGACCUGGAUGAAGAAAAACACAAAAGCCAAGAACUACACUACGCUUAAAUAUAUAUAUAUAUAUUUUCUUUCUUUUUUUAUUUAACAAGCACUUUACAAAAAGUCAAAACUUAAUUUCUUGUGAUCGUAGUAGCAAGGUCAUGUUUUUGUAUUUUACCAUUAACUAUUAUUUGUGCAAAGCCAAGUGUUUUUUAUUUUAAUUCGUAAACAAUGAUUUUAACAAAAUCUUAAUAAAAAUAACAAUUAUUUGCAAAGGGACAACAAUAUUUACACCGGUAGAUGUCAGGAAAUUUGGACAUUGGUUUCCUUUCGAGUUGCACCAAGAGACAAUAACCUGAAAUCAACCUCAAGACUUUACGUCUGACUAAAUGUGAAUGUGUUGAAACCCACAAUUUUACUAAAACAUACACAAACAUACGGUUUGUCAUUCACAACAAUGUUUGCAUUGUGAUAAUACUUUUGUUAUCUUACUGCCUAAACACAAUGGUGAUGCGGUGAACACAUUUUCAUCUCACUAAACAAAUUUACCUGGAAGAUAAACACUCGAAACACAAUUCAGGACCUUUUUUCCGACAGAAAAUCUGUGAUUAUCUGACAGUAUUCAUCUGAACACCCUGGUGCUUUUUGCAUAAACCAGUUGAACAAAAAUCAAUUAUAUGACCUAAACGUUUUAGGUUUACUUUUGUUCUGCUGCUGCAUUGCUUUGUUUUAUGGAAGCAGAGCUGUGUGAAUAUAACGAUGGCUUGACAGUUAACAAACUUAACAAAAUAAGCAACAAAUGUCAAAUUGUUAUUUUGAUAUAAAUUACACUAGCGUCACAUAUCCUGCUUGCAAUGUACUGACAGUUAUUUUUAGGAAGGGAUCAGGAGGAACCCCCUCUUUGCUUCUACCCUUUAGUCCAGCAUUUCUAUUUAUUUUAUUUUUUUUAAUUUAUUACAAUUUCUUGGUACAGCUAAAUUGAGUUGGAGGAUUUGAAACCUGCUCUCGGCCAAUCAUCAGUAUAUCCUUUUGCUUAAGAUACACACUGCUGUGUAAAAUACAGACACAUGCACCAAGGAAGAGGCAGCCUCCCCCCAUACUCACACACCUCACAUGGGCUGCCAGAGAGUCAGUGGUCAGCAGAUUGUAAUGAAGCACCUAGACACACACACACCUACACACACAGUUCAGCUUUUCUGGCUGCAGUAUUCUGGUGCUUUCGCUUCUCCCUCUCUCUUUCUGUACAGUGCAGGGAAGCUUUUUGUUUCGUGCCACAAACACAGGAACCCUGAGCCUGGCUAUUGUGCAUGUUUUUGUUUUUUUUACCUCAUCUCUUUUUAGAAGCAUUUAGCAAAUUUGCAGUGGGGUAAAGCGCUGAUGUGAAAGGCAGUUUAAAACCACCUCGCUUCACAGUGAUGAACCUAAGAUGAGUUGGAGAUUAUCAAUAACCUGUGAUGGGAUAAUCAAAUAUUAUAUUUAAAGGUACAAUCAGAGAUCUGAGGGUAAAUGAAAAAAUUGUCCCACUGACUGAAAAAAGAAAUCGGCAAUCAAAUACAGUAGACACAUUUUUAAACAAAUGUUCAUUCUGAAGCUGUUAGAGGUUUGUGUUGUUGUUGAAAUUAACAACAAAACAAAACUCCUUAUUCCACUAAAUGUAAUUACCUCCACCAAAGUCCAACAGUAGCCUUAUGAAACCAUAUUUCAAUUUAUUAGAUCCAAAUUUCUAUUUGAAAUCAAACUAAGUCCCAGUCCCCUAAACGUGUCUUAUUCGUUUCAAGAUGACAGAUUAUUCUGCAAGAAAUCAACGAAAAUUUUGAAAUUUGAAGUUUUGCAAUCUUAAAGAAAGUGAAAAUAAAUUCCUGGAUCCAUCCCUGAUCUGCAACUAAAUUCAAUGGCUUCUUACGUUAGUCAUUCCCUAUCCCAGUAGAUUUAGCAUAAUCCUGUUAAUUAAUAAACAAACAAACAAGGAGGAAAACACAACCUCCUUGAUGGAGAUAACUAAAACUCUACGGCUUGAAAUAACUUUGCGAAUAAACAGCACUCCAGAUUCAGAAAUUUAAAUAAAAAACCUGAUUGUGUCUUUAAUAACACAACAUUCCCAAUAAGAUUAUAAUCUCUAACACCAAAUGCUUUUAUGGACAUAUCUGCACAGGUUCCCAUCAUGUGAGCGCUUUAACAAGUGACAACGCCUUUCACCGUCUGUGGCAGAGAAGCCUUGUUGCUCUCACCUCUGUGGUUUGAGUGUCGGCCAGCACCGGACUGUGACAAAACCUUCGUGAUGGGUUCAGAGCGUGCAGUGAAGUGAAAAUGUCGACACUCGGAUCAGAGCAAUAACGGGACUUCUUUGUGCUGUGUGAAGCAUUUCCAUUGAUAGUUAUCAUGCCCUGAAAGAUCCUCACGCAUUCUGCUUUGCUACGCCCUCUACUGCUGAGAAAACGAUUGACGCCUACAUACAAAAUAUGAUCGAUGUUGCCCACAUUAGCCUUAUUUGAACCAAAACUGCCUCAAUUACCAAACAAGAGACCAGGGAUGCGUUAAUUGGCCAUAUCCCAACAUCUUUAAUCGACUGUGUGUGAAUCACUGGAAAGGUUGUCGUUUUAUGUUGAACAAAAUGUGCAACAUAAGGGCCUUCUGUUGUGUGAAUUUUCAUUUGGUAUCUUCUCCCUUCUCAGUCUUUGGUUAUGAAGAGGCUGUGACUGUUUCAUAAACCUUUACCUCUCAGAGCAAACAGGGAGUGGUCCUAAAUUAUACCCCGAAACUGUACAUAAGUUAACAAUUCUGACACUUGUUCCCAAGCUGUGACACAUUUCUUAGCUCAGUGCUAAUUACAGAAGUCUUAAAGCUACGUUCCUGCUAAGUGUUUCGUCUUUGAAUGUAGGGCUCACGAGAGAAAGAAAGCGAACACGAGGACAUUCAAUGUGUGAGCAUGCUACUUUGCAUUGUUAAGUUGCCACUGAUAUUACCAUUGUUAAGUGUAUGUAGACAGUAGUGUCAAUAGUUGUGUGUUUGUGCAAAAGAAAGGCGCCUUCAUCUGAACUAAAUGGCAGCUGAACACUUCCUGCCAUUUAGGCGAUCUUAAGUGUUGCCUUUUCCACCUGUAUUUCUACCCCCCCCCCCCAUCACAGUGAAAACGGAGUGCCAACUCAAAAUGAAGUGUUGUCAAUGCCAAUGAGAGAGAAGGUCCUGCAGUAUGAAAAUAACAGGAGGGGGUCUGUACGGCUUUAGCCAAAAAAAGAGAAGCAAACUGAGCCAGUGGUGAAUACAUUAAUUAAUGGCUUCCCACCAGUAAAAUCACCAUUAAUGUCAGUGCUGGCUCUGACUCCACUAACUCCAUUAUAAGGAGAUGAGAGAGUUGUGUCACUUCACAUGAAAACAUGACCGGUACUCUGAGUAGAAAGUGACGGGCUGAUUUAUUAACAAACAAUACGCAAUUGGUACAUUAUACUUCCAGCGUCCAGAGCAUGUAGGAUUUUCUAUCACUGCCUCCCUGAUGUGAACUUUCUUGUUUGUAAUGUGUUAUUUAUUCGUCUGUAAUACUCGUGGUGCCCUGCCAAUUCACAAUCCCCCCCCCCCCCCCCCCCCACACACACACACACACACUUCGUCCAACCCUGUCCUUCCUCUGCCCUCACACCUUCCCUGUUGUUGUUUUUUGUUAACACUGAUUAUGUUUGUGGACUCUCACAGACAUUGUUUGUAAAACUAAAAAUUCUGCAGCAGAAUAUUUUAAGAGACAGUUGCUGUACAGUAUUUGUAAGCUCUAUUUUUGUAUAUGGUUUUUUUUGGAGAAUUUUUUUUUUUCUUUUCUUUUGUUGUUUUUUGCAAAUUUCAUGUUUAUUCAUUUUAGGAAAAAAGUUGCAUGUGACUGACUUGAACUGUAAAUAAAUUUCCAGGUUUUGGAAAGAUGUGAGUUUUUA